CACUUGGUAGGAGUAGAGUAUACCGUGAAACCUCCUCCUCAUCUGGUCCCGGCACGGCAGCGGUGUAGCAGUCUCUCUCUCGGGCCCUCGGCGUAGCAGUCUGUCUGUCUCUCUUCACCCUCCUCCCUUCCCUUCCCUUCCCUUCUCGCGCCUCCACAACUGCCCGCCCGCCCGCCCGCAAACACCAUGGGCACCACGUACAAGUGCUGCUUCAUCUUCAAGCGCCGGUUCCACACCCGCGACGCGCCGCCGCCCGAGGACGUCCGCGCCCUUUUCUCCGUCCACGCCGGCGGGGGACCCCACAUGGGCGCCGACGAUCUGCGACGCUACCUGGUGGCCACGGGCCAGGAGGAGGCCGAGGUGGAGCGGCUGCUGGAGCAGAUCGUCCAGGGCCGUGCCCGCGUCCCGCGCCUCGCCCGCCCGCUCCUCUCGCUCGACGACUUCCACCGCUACCUCUUCUCGCACGACCUCAACCCGCCCAUCCGUCACCCGCAGGUGCACCACGACAUGACGCGCCCGCUCUCCCACUACUUCAUCUACACCGGACACAACUCCUACCUCACCGGCAACCAGCUCAGCAGCGACUGCAGCGAUACCCCCAUCAUCAUGGCACUGGAGAGAGGGGUCAGGGUCAUCGAGCUCGACAUGUGGCCAAAUUCAACCAUUGACGACAUCAACAUCGUGCACGGCAGGACACUGACAACCCCAGUUUCUCUCAUCAAAUGCCUGAGAUCCAUCAAGAAACACGCCUUUGUUGCAUCUCCCUAUCCUGUCAUCAUAACACUUGAAGACCACCUCCCCUCUCAACUCCAGGAGAAAGUUGCCAAGAUGGUUGUUGAAGUAUUUGGCAACAUACUGUACUACCCGCCAGACGACACCCAUGAGCUCAAAGAAUUACCAUCACCUGAACAACUCAAAGGACGUGUCCUCCUCUCAACAAAGCCCCCCAAGGAGUACCUCGAAACCAAGCUUAGUGACUCCACGAAGGAGGGUGAUGCUGACCUCCAUCUUGGCAAAGGAACCGGUGAUGACGCGGUGUGGGGAAAAGAAGUACCAGAUUUUCGGACCGAGAUCCAGUCUGCUGAAAAGGACGACGAGAACGACGACGUUGAUGAUGAGGAAGAACAAAAACUGCAGCCCCAUAUAGCUCCACAGUAUAAACACCUUAUUACUAUCAGAGCAGGGAAGCCAAAAGACUCUCUAGCUGAUGCCUUGAAGAGUGAUCCAGAAAAAGUUCGGCGUCUCAGUUUGAGCGAGCAACAACUUGCCAAAGCGGCAAAGGAUCAUGCCACAGAAAUUGUGAGGUUCACACAGAGAAACAUACUGAGGAUAUACCCCAAGGGCACUCGAGUCACUUCAUCGAACUACAAUCCGUUCGUUGGUUGGGUGCAUGGUGCUCAAAUGGUGGCAUUCAAUAUGCAGGGAUACGGGAGAGCGCUGUGGCUAAUGCACGGAUUUUACAAAGCGAAUGGCGGGUGCGGUUAUGUGAAGAAACCAGAUUUCUUGAUGCAGACAGAACCACAAGUCUUCGACCCAAGAGAACCCCAGCCUGUGAAGAAAACGUUGAAGGUGAAGGUGUACAUGGGCGAUGGGUGGCGAAUGGACUUCAAGCAGACACACUUCGAUCAGUACUCUCCUCCAGAUUUCUACACACGGGUUGGGAUUGCUGGAGUCCCAGCAGACUCGGUGAUGAAGAAGACCAACGCGAUCGAGGACAACUGGACCCCGGUGUGGGAGAAGGAGUUCAGCUUCCCGCUGACUGUCCCGGAGCUCGCUCUGCUGCGGGUGGAGGUGCACGAGUACGACAUGUCGGAGAAGGACGACUUCGGUGGCCAGACAGUGCUGCCGGUGUCGGAGCUGCGGCCCGGGAUCCGGGCGGUAGCGCUCUUCGACCGCAAAGGGAUGAAGUACAACCAUGUGAAGCUUCUCAUGCGUUUCGAGUUUGCCUAGCCUGACCCUGACCAUGCAUGCCCCCCCCCCCCCCCCCCCCCCCCUCCUGUUGUGUGAAUGGAUAUUGCAGUCUCAGUGUGCUUCCUUUGUACAUAGAUUGCUUGGCUUGGAUGAUAUGUGCAACAGACAAUUCCUUCAGUUGUUAUGAUCAAAUAAUAAAGAGGCAGCGUCCUUAUGAACAAGCGCAAAGAUGAAUUGUCAAUGCAGUAUCAACGGUCCUUCUGUAGUUUCAGUAAACUGACACCUUCAUUGCUGCUGGUGACCUGACAUAUUUCAGAUUCCACAUGAGACAACUGGAGGCCGACCAGACCUCUCCCGGGUCCCGGCGCUGAGGACUGCCGCCCAGGAGCAGUGAAGAAGGCAACUGUGAAGCUGCGUGCAGCGGCUGUUGGGCUCUAUUGUUAGUGAUAGCCCUCAAGAUUGGGCUGUAGUUUAGAGAGGCGCAGCGGCCUGUAGCCGCCUCUGACCCGCAGCAGCGCCUCCAUGGCUCCAUUGCCUUCUCUAUCCCGACUCCCGAGUCCCGGCGCCAUCCAGGUUCGUGUGGGGGCGGGCAUUCAUGGCAGGGCAAUCUGACCCGCACCUCUCCAUCUUCUCGCCCUCCGAGGUAACCAACCCCUUCCCUUCCACACUGCACUGGCAGGGACUAUCUUCGUCUGUGCUGCUGCAGGUGGAGUUCGUGGCGGAGGAUGAGAUCGUCGAAAUCGUCCUCAACAUCCGCAUGGACGCCCUUAACAUGAUCUACGGGGGAUUUCGGGCCCUUCUUCCCACAGAUUCCCACCAAGGUGCCGCUCUGGCUCGCCGUGGCGCUCAAGAAGCGUAGCAAGUGCACCAUCCGCACCCCGGACUGGAUGACUGUUGGUAUUGGAAGCGGAAGGAGAGUCGCCUCGGGAAUUCCAGCCAUUGCCAUUCCACUAUAUUGAAAUUUCUAAGGUUCUAUUUGAUCAUGCUGGUGAUGACAUCUCAGAUGCAUACCUGGUGAGGUCUCUAAUUGAGGACAUCAGAGAUGUCAGAUUCCACAAGGUUAAGAAUGGAUUAGAGACGAUAUCUGGACGCACCUAUGCCGUAAAGCUCAAAAAUCUCUCUGCAAUGGAAGUGAACAUUGUCCGCCCUUUUCAUGGUGAGAACUUUGCAGGCAUUCUAUAAGCACGAUAGUCCACAGAUGAUUCAGCAAGCAGAUAAUGUAGGGACCAGAGCAACACUAGUUACAGACCGUGGCCCCCAGAAUAAGCUUCCCUUGUAGAUAUUGUUUCAACUUGCUUGUGGAUUCUCGGAGGUAGUUGUCCCCAUAAAAAAUGUGCCCUAAGAAUCUUAAGAUGUUGCGCACAAAAUAGUUCCAUAUCAGAAAGCUGGUACAUAUAUAUAAUUCUAUUCUGAUUGGUUGGUGACCCGGUACAAUUUAUAACAGCUUAAUACAUUGCACUGUAUGGACCAGAAAGAAGACUUGGUACCUCGUUUUCUAUUUCCAUGCAUUAUUUAUUUUGUCAGAAUAUUCUCAUUUUGUCAUCAAGCAGCAAUACAUGAUUUGUCAGGAAAAGCCCCAUGUCUCCAACUUUUGCAGAGAGAUCUAAGGCGCAGGUAGUCCACUUACAUUUUGCAAAUAAUGUACUGCAUAUGUGAGGACAGCAAUAAGCGGAGGUACUGCACAUUGCUUUCUUGCAACAGUACCAGCUAAGCAUGUGCUAAUGAGUCCUGAUAGUAAAGCACUGGAAAUUGUACUGUAGCUUGUUUUGCCCAAAGAAUGAUUGACUUAUUGUUAUAUGCAAGUGUGUGGCUCAUAGAUCAGAUCUCUCCGGUAGCCUCUGAUCCUUGUGUUUCGCAUAACUUCCAGCCUCCCUCAAUUAGUCAAGUGAAUGGACCAGAACAGCUAAUGGUGGGGUCAGUUUGGUAGUAGACGACAUCCCCUGUGUCGCUGACAUAGUGGUCACGCCUCAAGCUCUGAACCAGAUCACCAAGUAGAUGCAAGGGGAGAGGGCCAGACUUUUGCGGCUCUCUGUAGUAAUUUCCCAGCACCGGCUUGGCUGCCUCUGUCUGCAUGCACAGCCUCCAUCUUUCAGUGAUCUGAUAUGUGCAUUAGCGUAGUGAAUGAGAUUUAGUUGUUACUUACUGCCUCUAUGAGAUGGUAGUGUGGGAUCUGCGGGAAGAGAUGGUGGAUGACAUGAGUCCCAAUGUCAUGGUGGAUGUUGUUGAUCCACCCGUAGUCCCGGUCGAGCGUUGUCAGGCCACCCCGAAGAUAGGUCCAUUCCUAGUAGGUCCAUUAGUUAUAGAACAGUUAACUGAAACCUGCAUGCAGCUGUGAUUUAGCUAUAUACUACCUUUCCUCGGUACCAUGGAAGCUUGUCAUUGUGUCCGUGAUGAUGCAGGUAGGUGACGAAGUCGAGCCACAUGACAAAAACCCAGUAGGGGACCAGGUAGAGCUUGAGCAUCUGCAGAGGGCCCAUGAGGAAGGCGAGGCCAGCUAGGAGUGCGACCAUGGCGAGCCAGCACGCCGUGGAGGUGGCUAGCUAGGGCAGGAGAGGAGGCGUACGUACGGGAUGCCAUGACUCGUCCUUGUCCACGUGGCCGUGGUUCUGGUGGAUGGAGGAGUGCAGAAUGUGACCGACCACGCUGUUGAGUCUGGGGUUGUUGGAGAAGCUGCCGUGGCCGCAGUCGUGUCCCAGCACGAAGAGCGCCCAGAACAUGGUGCCCUGUGCCGCCCAGUAGAGCGGCCAGACGAGCCAGCUGUCGAGGCGCGCCGCGGCGGCGGCGAGACCCAGCACCAGGACCACGUCGCGCACCACGUAGCCCAUGGAGCGCCAGGGGUCCUUCACCCAGCAGUGCUUGGGGAUGGCGGCGCGGAUGUCGCCCAGCCCGAACGGUGGCGCCGCCGCGGGGUCAAAUUCUUGUUGGGUGGCGGUGGCGGUGGAGGUGGCGGGCACAGCGACACAGACGCCGCUGCGGCCUCGGUGCCGCGCGGUACCAGGAACCACAAUGCGGCGGCUGCUGCUAGCGGACAUGGGGACUGAGACGGAGAGGAGCAGGCGUGCCAUGCCGGCUCUCCAGGUCCAGUCGCCGCUUGGCUCUCCUCCUCUCUUCGGCUUGAAAUGGGUGGCUGCCUAAUCCGAUUCAAAAAAUCCAUCGGCCCCGCCCGCCCCUGCUGUCAGUGUCACCCAACUGGUUUGCCUACAGCCGUUCAGGUCAGGUUUUCUGUUAUCGGCCUAGCCACAUCGUUAGACCAGCAAUGUACUCUAUAUCCGUUUCUAUAUCUGUCAUCUAUAGUCUUUUCUAAAAUAUUCUAUCCUCUAUAUCUCCUUUUUCUCCAACAACGUCCUAUAAAUCAUGUCCUCUAUAAGCAAAUAUCUAUAUUAGAGAUAUUUUUUUAAUUUUUUA